AUGCCAGAGUACCCACAAGAGCUAUCUGCAAACCCCUUGAAGCGAAAACAAACCAAUGAGGAAGGCGAUCAGGCUUCCAGUUCUGCUGUUGCUACCUCGAACGCGUCGUCCCUUUCUUCAUACGAUUCGCCAGAAACCGUUCCCCUCCACAGCACGUCUGGUGGACAAAAAGUGCCGAAAUCUUCAGAAACAAAACGAAGAAAGACAGAGAAGGGAAAGAAACCGGCGGCAUCAAGUUCGCGGCCUAAAGCCCACGACAAGAAAACUCCAUCCGUGCCAUGGCCAGACGAAUUCAAGCGCCUAUCACAGACGCACCGGGCCCUGAAUCUCGUCUAUACCUUUUGCUGCACGCGCAAACACUUUGCCACGACAUUUGACAACAUCAAGAAGUCUGUCCAAGCCCAACUUGGGCAAGGUCGGGAGCUUACAAUUGAAGAUGUAGCACGAGUCCGGGUGCUCGUUCCGCGUGCGGUUCGAUUCGAGUAUGUGGAUGAAGCAAGGUUGGAAGUCAUGGCCGUUGACGACCGGGAAAUGAUGGACUAUGGACUUCACAGGCGGCAUUCCCUUCUCACCGAGGAAAACAUGGCGUGUACCAACGACGACACCAAAGACGUAUUACUAUUCGAAUUCGUGGAUGGGGACCUCAAGAGAGAAGUCCAAAAUCCCAAAACUGGAGAGCCAUCCAAACCAGUACGUCGCAUGAAGGAUGAAGAUCUCAAAAUGCCAGUUUAUAGUCAGAAACAGAUGCUGUCUCUGAUUGAAAAGCGAAACUCCAAGUUCACAGAUGCGAUUAACGCAUUCCUUGUUCGCUGCGAGGACAAAAAUCUAGACCCAGUCGAGACUUUGGAACAAGAGAAAGCCGCAUUCAUACCUUCGCCCCCUGGAAGUGGCACAAAUACUCCCGCCACUGCAAAAGCCCCAGCUGUAAUACCCAAAGAACGAAAAUCCAUUGCGGAAAUUAUCGCCGAAAUCCGAGAAAUGGAAUGGUAUCAUGCCCAAAUUGUUCCGGAAGGACACCGCGUAUUUGAUGCCCAGUCUCCUGUCUACGGCGAUUUGACCUUUCAGCUGUCACAGGAUCUUGUCAAUGCACUUUACAACACUAGAGGCAUUACACGGCUCUACUCCCAUCAAGCUGAGGCUAUCAAUCACUUAUAUGAUGGGCAUAACGUGAUUGUAUCCACCUCGACUAGCUCCGGCAAAUCUCUCAUCUAUCAGAUUCCAAUGCUUCACGAAUUGGAGAAAGACCCAGAUAGCAGAGGCAUGUACAUUUUUCCCACCAAAGCCCUGGCUCAAGAUCAAAGGCGCAGCAUGAUGGACUUGCUUCAAUAUAUGAGUGAUCUAGAACACAUCCUAGUGGAAACAUUUGAUGGAGAUACGCCGAUGAGCAGUCGAAAUCUCAUUCGUGAUGAAGCGCGCAUAAUCUUCACCAACCCGGACAUGCUGCAUAUCACCAUUCUCCCACAAGAAAGUUCGUGGCGUACUUUCUUAAAGAAUCUCAAGUUUGUGGUCGUUGAUGAGCUGCAUGUUUACAAUGGCUUGUUUGGCUCUCACGUGGCAUUUGUUAUGCGGCGACUCCGCAGAAUCUGUGCUGCAGUAGGAAAUCGGCAUGUUAAAUUCAUUUCUUGCUCUGCGACCGUUGCAAACCCGGAGGAGCACAUGAAGUCGAUUUUUGGUGUGCAGGAUGUGAGCUUAGUAGACUUUGAUGGGUCCCCAUCCGGCCGUAAGGAAUUUCUCUGCUGGAACACACCUUUCAAAGACCCUGUCGAUCCAACCUCUGGACGCGGUGACAGCGUCGCUGAGACUGCACGCCUCUUUUGUCAAUUGAUUCUCCGAGGUGUCAGGGUCAUUGCCUUCUGUCGAGUGCGGAAGCUUUGUGAGAUUCUUCUUCAAGCGGUUCGAAAUGAGUUCCAGGCCCUCGAAAGAAUGGAGGUUGGCAGGAUGGUGAUGGGAUAUCGAGGCGGAUAUAGUCCUCAAGAUCGACGCCGGAUCGAAAAAGAGAUGUUUGAAGGACAGCUCAUGGGAAUUGUUGCGACCAAUGCUUUGGAGUUAGGUGUUGAUAUCGGAUCUCUCGAUGCCGUGAUCACUCUCGGAUUUCCAUAUUCGAUUUCCAACUUGCGCCAGCAAAGCGGCCGAGCCGGACGACGCAAUAAGGACUCUCUUUCUGUGCUUGUAGGAGACAGACACCCAACGGAUCAACAUUAUAUGCAGAAUCCCGAUGAGAUCUUCACUCGCCCUAACUGCGAGCUGCAGGUCGACCUAGCCAACGAGCUGAUCUUAGAAGGUCAUGUCCAGUGUGCUGCCUUCGAGAUGCCCAUUCGCCCCGACGAGGACCAUAUUUACUUUGGCAAGCAGCUUUUCGCACUCGCAGCAACCCGCCUGAACCAAGACAGUCUCGGCUUCUACCAUUGCCACGAACGCUUUCGGCCUCAGCCAUCACGGUGUGUCGCCAUCCGCGACACUGAAGACACCCAUUUCGCCGUGAUCGACACUACAAACAACCGCAACAUCGUCCUCGAGGAAGUCGAGGCGUCGCGCGCCUUCUUUACGAUCUAUGAGGGCGGCAUCUUCCUCCAUCAGGGCCAGAAUUACCUUGUCAAGGAGCUCAACCCCGAGCGCCACUUCGCUCGCGUGCAACGCGUCCACGUCGACUGGAGCACCAUGCAACGUGACUUCACAGACAUUGACCCUAUCGAAACGGAGGCAAUGCGUCUUGUCGGCACCGAACCAACCGCAUGCCGUGCCUUCUUCGGCGCGGUCCAAAUCCACUCCGUUGUCUACGGAUUCUUCAAGAUCGACAAGCGCGGCCGCGUGCUCGACGCCAUCGCCGUGGACAACCCGCCAAUCGACCUUUUCACUAAGGGCAUGUGGCUGAACGUACCUUCGCGCGCAAUCGACAUUCUCGACUCGCACUGCCUCAACAUCGCUGCCGCCAUCCAUGCUGCCGAGCAUGCUGUCCUCUCACUUCUCCCUUCCUUUGUCAUCUCUUCCCCCGGCGACGUCCGCACCGAGUGCAAGGUCGCCAAGAAGGAACUGGCUCCCCGCGCCGCGUCGCAGAAGGCGCCAACAUUGAUGGGAAGCUGCCGCCGCCGGCGCGCCAGCGUCCUGCGCGGCUGA